AUGAAUUCCGUCUGCUUGGUUACCACUGCCGCUGCCGCCGCACCGUCGCCGACGCGUGCAUCCGCGACUGGCGAGGGAGCGCUCAUCUCUUCUUGUGCGUCGCAAGCGGCUGAGCAGCGCUUAGCCUACGAGGUGGCCGCCGCACACGCGCUGCGCGGCGGUCGUGUGCUGUUCCUCAGCGCCCCGACGAGUCAAGCCUUCUCGCUGGCAAGGUUUGCGGUGACCAUCGAGAGGCAGUGGAUGGCGUUGCAGCCACGGCGGCAAGAGGCACUAAGUGCGCGGCAAGCCGACACCGCAAGGCUGCACCAUGCCGACAACGUCACACAGGUGGGCUGUGCAGAGCGCACUGCCUCGUCACCGGCUUCUGCUCGUACGGCGUCGUCGGAACCGUGGUUGCAGUCGCUCAGCUCCGAAGCCCAACUCCGAGUCCGUCAGCGAGCGGUGCUGGACGCUGUACGGCGAGUUGAGGUGCUGCCUUGCACUUCCAUGGAAGACUUCUACGCCGUGUGCCAGGCCUACACGUUCCCCACCGUUACCGUAGAGGACGAUGCGCCAAAGACUUCGGCUCCAGCAGACAUGCCAAACUCGCCCUCCUCAAUUGUGUGUGGUGUAACAGGUUCGCGCGGCAGUGAGCAGCCGCGUGUGUCGAGGGAGCAGCAGAUGAGGGGCGAGUUGGUGUUUCCGUCCUCGCUGUCUUUCACGGAUUCCGGUGCGGUGACGGUCACCACUGCUGCCGCUGCUGCUCCUGCCUCAUCGUUGGCAGCUCUAUCCGCUGCCGCGUCGUCCCCCACGGCUGCUCGCACCUCCACGCCUCAUGAGGCAGACAUCGUACCGCUGUGUAUCGUGGACGGGUUUAUGGGGCCAACGUCGACGUCUGCGCUGCUCGAGCGCGCGUCCGGUCAGACCAUCCCGCUUCUGCAUUACGUGCUGUGCCUUCUGCAGCGUCGUCUCAAGUGUGCGGUGAUGGUGGUGGAGGCGGGAGGGAGCGUGGCGAGAAGUGAUGGCAGUGGUGGUGGCGCUUGCUGGCCUUCCUCCUCGUCGCCGUCAGAAAGUCUGACUUCUUUGAGCUCUCUCUCGGGCGGGCGUCCACGGAGCCGAAGCAACGGUUGCGGUGCCUUACCAUCUCCUGCGAUGGUGCUUGCUGCGUCAGACCUGGUACAGCGGCUGCGCUCUCCCCACAUGCAUCCGUCGCCAAUCGUGCCCGUCUCUCACGCCGCGUGGUCCCUGGCGCAGGUACCGGCGGAGCGCUUCAGCGAGGUCAGCGGUGAGGCCGAGCGUCAGCCAGGAACGAAAGCGGCGCGAGCCGAUGGCGCAGCUGAGCACUCGGCGCGCACGUGGCUCUCGCAGGCACCGCCCGUCUCCCUCCAUGACGUGCAGUUAUCUGUAGCCUACGUCGAAUGGGAUGCUGUGUGGCGCCCGCUGCGGCACGGCGACCGCCACAUGGAGGCGUGCGAUGCUAGGAACGGCGCCACCUCACGGCACGAUGGGCUCCUCCUCCCUUUCAGCGUGGCAUGGCGGUACCGUGUGCACCUCAUGAAGACGACUGUUGGCGAAGCUGCCGGCACGCGGGUCGGCGGUACCGAUAACCUCCUGCAGAAUCGCCAGAGCCGUCCGAGUGGGCCUCUCUGGCCCCCUUCUCGUGGCUCGCGUCGAUCAUCGGGAGUGCUGACGUGCUCCUCUGGCACACCCUGCAACAUGCAGUACAUUGGUUCAUGGAUGCAGAGCUGCCAGUGGCGGUACCUGUAG